AUGUUUCAAAUCACAAGACGUAGUGCAAAAUUAUUUAGUACAAAUCUUAGUGCUUUGAGAAAAUACUCAGAUACCCCUAAUGUAUCAACUCUAAAAGGUGGUGAAAAUAUUUUGUAUUUGUCAUUACAAAAAAAAUUUCCUCAAGCCAAAGAAAUCAAAAUCAAAGAUAUUUCAGGUGGUUGUGGUGCAAUUUUCGAAGUAUUUAUUUCCACGACAGAAUUCAAGGGAAUGAGUAUGGUAAAACAGCACCAACUUAUUACCGAAGUUUUAAAAGAUGAAAUUAAGUCAAUGCAUGGGAUCCGAAUACAUACAGAAAUACCUGUUGAAAAUAACAAAUAG